AUGCCAAAUAGUCUCUUAAAAUUCCGAUACAACGCAACGAGAGCGUGUGAUUCUUGCAAACACUUUAAAGUCAGAUGCAAAUAUUCUGAUAAAUCUCUCGAGUGUAAUGAAUGCAUAAAACGUAAUAAUGAAUGCACUUAUUCUGCUCAACCAAAAAGACGUGGGCCAAAACACAAAAAAGAUAGUACAAAUAAUGACAAAGCUGUUCAAGUUGAUAAGUUAUUUCGUGAACUAUCAUCAC